AUGGGGGUAUGGCACAUCACAGCGCCUGGCACACCGCCGUCCAGGGCGCCGCCAGCGCACCAUGUUUACCAGGAUCAUACGCUGACCUUUUGCAAUCCAUGGGAUAGCGCCGUCAAGCCGAGUGUAGCUGACCUGGUGCAAGGUCUGCAAUGGGGCGAGCGCGGGACGCCGUCGCCCCAGGGCGGGAGCGUGGACGCCACGGAGGCGCACGCGCCUGAUAGCGAUCCAGUGCCCCUGAUGCCGGACCCCAUGCCGACUGAGACGCCUGACUUUGCCUUCGACCCCGGCGCGGCACGGGCCAAAGCAACGUGGCUGGGACAUGCCGGUGUCCUGGUGCAGCUUCCGCCGGUGCCAGGUCUGUCGCGCCCUCUACGCGCCCUCUUCGAUCCUAUUUUUUCUGAGCGCUGCUCGCCGUCGUCAUGGUGGGGCCCGCGACGCGCGUAUGUGGCGCCUUGCCGGGUGGCCGACCUGCCGACGAUUGAUUUCGUGUUCAUCUCACACAACCACUACGACCACCUCGACAUCCCCACGAUCGACCAGCUGUGGACACACUUCUCCGACACGGUGCACUUUUUCGUGCCGCUCAAGAACAAGGCGUGGCUCCUCCAGCUGCCGCUGGGCCUCCCGGCCGACCGGAUCACCGAGCUCGACUGGUGGGACGAGGCGCAGUGCAGGGUGCAGGCGUCCGACGCACAGGUACGCAUUGUGUGUACGCCCGCACAGCAUGGCUCGGGGCGCACGCUGUACGAUGCAGGGCACACGCUAUGGUCGAGCUGGGUGCUGGAGCAUGGGCCCGACAUGUUCCGUGUAUUUUUUGGCGGUGAUUCCGGGUUCUGCAUGCGCAGGGCCGACGAGCCACUGGGCGCCCCGUCGUCCUUCCCUGAACUUCCCGCCUUCCGCGAGAUUGCGCAGCGGAUCGGCGAGCCCGACCUCAGCUUUCUGCCUGUCUCGGUGGGUGCGACGUAUGCCUACGUCAAGAGCUUCGACCCACUGCCAGACUGGCUCAGCCCUGUGCCGCGCCUGCACGAAGGGCUCACGGGCGCCAACCACAUGACGGCCGCGGACGCGGUACGCGUGUUUCAGCAGAUGCACGAGGCACGCGCCGCGCGGCCACCGCUCGCCAUCGCGAUUCACUGGGGCACAUUCGUCGGAGGGCGUGAGGACACGCGACGCUGGCGCAUGUCGGACGCCUUCGCCGCGGCGCUGCGUGCGCGUGUGCCUGACAAUGAGUAUAUAUCGCAUCUGAAGGUGCGCGAGUACGAAGAGGUGGCGCAGGGCGCCGCCACUGCUAGCACACACAAGACGCGGUACAUCCUCCUGAGCGCGUCGCCCAGCCAGCGUCGUGCCUAUGUAUACAAGGCUCGGCGCAAUGUAAAUGGGACCUUUAGUAUUGGUAAGGAAUGGGAUGCUGCGCAGGCCCGCGAGCUGCGUCUCGAGCCGCCCUCGUGGAUGGUUAUCACGUUCUCGCGCGCAUACCGCUGGGAGGUCGAUCCGGCGCAUGAUCCCGUGCCGUUUCUCACGAACCUGGCCAUUGUCGUGUACAAGGUGACCGAAAAUGCGCCGUCCAUUCGUGGGUGGUCGCUCCCGCCGGAGGCUCUCGCGGAGAUGGGCGGCGCGCCAGCGCCGGCCACCCGCGCUCCCGCCGCUGUGCCCAGCCCGACGGUGGCGCCUGCGCCUGCAGUCACAAGGGAGCUGCCUGCCCCAACGCGUGCACCUGACCCAGCUGCGCCUGUGUCUGCGCCUGUGUCUCAGGUCGCGGUCCCUGUAUCGCAGACGACGGCACCUACUGCUGCGCCUGCCAAAGUCACCCCGGCGCGCGUACCUGAGCCAGUGGCUCCUGUGUCUCGAGUGACGGUGCCUGCAUCGCAGUCGCCGGUGCCUACUGCUGCGCCUGCGCAAUCCACCCCGGCGUCGGCGCCGCUCACGAGCUCGCCUGCCGCAGCGCCCCUAGACACUGCGCCGCACACGCCUACGGCUUCUGCGCCAGUUUCGCACACGGUACCGAGGCCCUUGCUUCAGCGUAAGCUGACGCGCCCAGCGGCUGCGCUUCCCCCCGGUGCGCCACGCUCCAGCACGGGCGCCGAAGAUCCAACUCUCUCACAGGUUGAGGAUAUGCUGGAAGGGUUUGAGUGGAAGGGGCACAAGUCGGCGGCAGACAGCCGGCAGGCACAGGUCGGCACAGUCGAUGUCAUUGAGGCGCGCCUCCUUGAGGAGCUGGCAGCGCUGGAUGCGAGUGGCAUCCAUGCGAUGGUGGAGCCUGAUGACCGGGUCAAGGCUGUGCUGCAAGGCCUGGACGACGCACUCCUGCAGCUCGACCGUCUCGAUGCGAGCUUGGGCGGCUCCAAGAUGCAGCUGCUGGCGCUGUCGGAGGACAUUGCGUAUAUCGAGGGCCAGAACCGCGGUCUGCAAGUGCAAAUGACGAACCGGCAAGUACUGGCACAGGAGAUGGACGUGCUGCUCUCGACCAUCACGGUCGACCGCCAAGCGAUGCGGAAGCUUGCGACGACGAGCCUCUCGGCGGGCUCCGAUGCAGCGGACAUGGAGGCCGCUGCCGUAUCCUUAUACAAGAGCUUGCUACAGGCGCGGCCGGAUCAGCAGGCACAAACGAGCGGCACAGAAGUUGCGGCGAUGGCGCAGCAUCUCGCGCAGGCCGAGGCGGUUGCUCGUGAGUUUAAUGCGCGCGUCGUCUCCGAGUUUGAGGCCGUGCUGGGCGAGGCGAUACGCAUGCAGCUGCAGGACCCGGCCCUUGUGCAGCCAGCGAUGCACGACGCGGCGCUGCCGUCACACGAGCGUAUGGAGCAGACGCUGGGCAAGCUGUGUGGUCUGUGCAUGUACCUCAAGGAGACGACGCCGGAUCUCUUUGAGCAGUUGAAGCAAACGUAUUUGCGCACUGCUGCGCACUGCUACGGCACAGAGAUGCAGCGUGCGUUCCAGGCGGCGUUGCAGCAGCUGGGCGCGAGCAGCUCACGCCGCGGCACGCCGGACGACCGCGAGCCUGGCCAGGCACUGCAGCGGAUCCUCGCGUCGCUCUUACUGCGCGUGCAGGCCGAACAAGCAUUCCUCGUCGAUUUCCUGCAGAUCAACGAUGCGUCCUUCACGUUUGCGGACUAUAUGGACCUGGACCCAUACUUCCGGCACCGAGCGGCUGUGACACAGCCGCUGCCGCCACAGAGCCCGUAUGAGGAUAUGACGCGGUCUUUGCAGCAGGUCUUCUCGGGGAUGGUGCCUGAGAUGGACGCAUUUGUCGCGCGGGUGCGCACUGCGAGCCCGUGGUGCAUUGUAGGCCUCCUGGUCGAGACGGAGCAGGCGCAACGGCGCGCUGCGUCACAGUCAGAUGGGCAUGCCCUCGCCGAUCUGCUCGACAAGGUACGUGCACGUCUGUCCUCGGAGCUGGACCAGCGGUUCGAGGAGCAGGUGCGAGCGGCCGAACACACACAAGUGACGGUCAAAAAGCGUGGUGGUCUCUUGCCGAUUGUGCAUGCGUUCCCCGCUUUGGCGCGCCGUUUGGAGGCGCAGCUGGGCGGUGCAGACGGUCUGCCUGUGCGGGCCACAGUCGACCGGGCCUAUGAGCGUCUGGCCCGCACGAUCCUCGCAGCGAUCCAGUCGCUGCCGCCCAGUGAGGCAGGCGUCGAUGACGACAAGGGCCAGCUGAACCACGCCGUGUUGCUGAUUGAAAACGCGUACCAUCUGUUUGUGCGUAUUCGGCCUGGCUCUCCGCCGAACGCUUCGCUCGUGCAGGCGCAGGCGCAAGCCGAGGCGCUGCUGGAGCGCAGCCGCGCAGACUACGUCGCGGCGGUCCUGCGGCGGCCGAUCGGCAAGCUGGUCGACUUUGGGCGGGGCGUCGAGGCGCUGCUGGCGUCGAUGCCCGCGAACGAAGUGCCGCUGCACCAUGCAUACUCCAAGGGCACGGCCAAGAAGCUUGUGCGUGACCAUACGGCCAAGGACAUGCGCAAGGGCAUUGAGGCGCUAUCGAAGCGUGUACAGAAGCACUUUGACGAUGAGGAGCCUACGACAUCUAUGCAGGUGGCUCUGGAGCGUGACGAAGUAUCGCAUGUGCUUGCACAAGUGUGGGCGUCGUGCGAGGCGCAGUGCCUCGUCGAAUGGGAGCGGUUCGGGCGCCUCCUACGAACCUGCUAUCCCGAGAGUCAGCUGCAGCCGGACGUGAGCGCUGCCGAGGUGAAGCGUCUCUUCCAGACGCUGCCGCCGACGCUCCGACGGCGAUAG